AUGACUUCUUCAACAACUACAGGACGAACUGUUCGUAAAGGUGGUGAACGAAAAUCAAAAUCAGUUCGUGCAGGUGUGCUCUUUUCGGUACCACGUUUUCAUCGCUAUAUAAAAAAAUCAACACCAAAAAGUCGUGUAACUAUGGCUGCUGCAGUUUAUACAGCUGCUGUAGUCGAAUAUUUAACGGCUGAAGUUCUUGAAUUAUCUGGUAAUGCAGCUAAAGAUCAUAAAAAACAACGUAUUAAUGCACGACAUAUAUUUUUGGCUGUUAGCAUUGACGAAGAACUUAAGAAACUACUUCAUGGUGUAACAAUUCCACAAGGUGGUGUAUUGCCUCAUAUUAAUGCAUUCUUACUCAAAAGUAAAUCAAGCAGUGGUGAUCAUAGUCAAGCUGUACAAAAUACACCAGUAUCUCGUUCGAAUACAGCAACACUAGCUCGAGUCCCUUCAGCCCUUGCAACGAAAACUUCAUCAACUGGUGCUGGUGGCAAUAAAUUAUAA